UUAGACAUUGAUGUCAUGUGACCGUAAUUAGUAGGCACAAAAUCAAUGAAAACAAGAAAAAUAAAAAGACAUUCUAAAGUCAAAGGAGCUAAGUUGUAGAGGUUCACACAAUGGCUAUGGCAGCGUUGGCUAAAGUGUUUGGUAGUGGUAAGAAGGGAGAGGCUCCCUCCCCUCAAGUGGCCAUACAGAAACUGAGGGAGACAGAGGAAAUGUUGACCAAGAAAACAGAUUUUCUAGAGAAGAAGAUACAAACAGAGCAAGCUCUUGCCAAAAAGCACGGCAUGAAAAAUAAGAGAGCUGCUCUGAUGGCUUUGAAAAGAAAGAAGAGACUUGAGAAGCAACUGGGGCAGAUUGACGGUACCCUCUCCACAAUUGAGUUCCAACGGGAAGCCCUUGAGAACGCACAGACGAACACGGAGGUGCUUAAGAAUAUGAGCUUUGCUGCCAAGGCUAUGAAGGCGGCACAUCAACACUUGGAUGUUGAUGAUAUUCACGACAUGAUGGACGAUAUCACAGAACAAAACGAGAUUGCUGACGAGAUAUCUAAUGUACUCGCGCAACCAAUUGGAUUUGCUGGUGAAAUUGACGAUGACGACCUGUUAGCUGAGCUAGAGGAAAUGGAACAAGAAGAACUGGAGGAAGGCCUCCUGGAGGUAGGGGAACCGACUCAUGUCAUCUCAGAUGAUCCUCUUGAUCUACCUGAAGUCCCUACUGCUGCUCCACGGACUAAGAAAGUGGUCCAGGAGGAAGACGAUGAUCUUAGAGAACUGGCAGCAUGGGCCUCAUAGGACACUGAACACAAGCACAUGCUCGUAUAGAAAUUGUUUUUAAUGUCAAACUGUGAUUGCAUGCAUUAUUGUAUUCAAGUGUCGAUCAGUUGUUUUAUAACUCUGUCAAAUAAUUAUUGAGUGUGUAUAAAUAAAUAAUUAUUAGAUUAUUAUAAUUAUAUUCAAUCUCUUUGAAAAAUAAAUUAAUUUCGAUCA